UCAAGUCUCUGGUUCACUACAUUGCUGCAGUAUUUAAAGGGUUCACUCAUCAUCUCCACUUUCAAAUCUAAACCACACCAAAAAAGAUUAACAACAACAGGAAAUGUCUAUAUCAAAUCUAAUUUCUCUCAACCAACAAUGGCUUCCAAUUCUUGCAGUCUUUCUUCUUCCAAUUUUCACUUUCUCUCAAAAGCCAAGAAGAGAACUGAAGUUAAAUACACCAGGUCCAAGACGACUCCCCAUUUAUUUGGGCAAUCUUCAACCAUUUAAGGCGACAGGCCGUUACUACGAUUUGUGGAGAAGUUGUCACAAAAAAUAUGGCCCUUUCAUGCGAGUCAAUUAGAGAUCACCUGGCAUGCGAGUUCAAUUAGGGAGAUCACCUGGUGUUGUUAUCUCUGGUGCAGAGGCUUCAAGAGAAGUCAUAAAAGACCAUGAUCUUGAAACUUGCAGUCGCCCUUCAUCGGUCGGGCCUCGUAGACUGUCAUAUAAUUUCUUGGAUGUUGCGUUUCGUCCAUAUUCUGAUUACUGGAAAGAAAUGAGAAAGUUGUUUAUUUUUCAGCUUUUGAGUAUGAAAAGAGUGCAUAUGUUCUGGUAUGCAAGAGAAGAGCAGAUUGACAAGUUAAACAAUAUUUUAACAAAUGCAUACCCUAAUCCAGUUAAUCUUACGGAGCUAAUAUUUAACGUGAUUGAUGGUAUUAUGGGUACUGUUGCUUUCGGAAGGAGCUAUGGACAAUUGGAGUUCCAACAAGGUAUGGAUAUUUUAAACAAUUUUCAUGCGGAGGAUUUUUUCCCUAGUGCUGGAAGAUUCAUUGAUUCUUUGACUGGUGCUCUUGCUAAAAGAGAACAAACUUUCAAAAACCUUGAUGGGUAUUUUCAGAAAAUUCUUGAGCGGCAUCUCGGCAUCUGGAAAAUUCUUGAGCGGCAUCUGGACCCAAAUAGACCUAAGCCUGAACAUGAAGAUAUUGUUGAUGUCUUGGUUGGGCUGAUGAGAGACCAAGGUGCUUCUUUCCAACUUACUAAAGACCAUCUCAAGUCUAUUCUCAUGGAUAUCUUUGUGGGUGGCAUUGAUACAAGUUCUGUGACAACCGCAUGGGCAUUCACAGAGAUACUAAAGAAUCCAAGAAUAAUAAAAAAAGUACAAGAAGAGAUAAGAGGAAUUGUUGGACCAAAUAAAAACAGAGUAGAAGGAAGAGAUCUUGAUAAAUUCAAAUACUUGGAAUUAAUAGUAAGAGAAACCUUCAGAAUACACCCACCAGUCCCACUUCUGAUCCCUCAUUUUUGCACCAAAGAAUGCAAAAUUGGUGGGUAUGACAUUUUACCAGGCACAACAGUAUUCAUCAACACUUAUGCACUUGGAAGAGAACCAUCUAAGUGGGAGAACCCUGAAGAAUUUUACCCAGAAAGAUUUGAGAACAGUGAUGUUGAUUACAGAGGGUCCUACUUUGAGUUGGUAUUCGGAAGCUGGAAGAAGAUUUGUCCUGGUCUGGCAAGGGUACAGUAGCAGUUUAAAUACAACAUUGGGCUAAUCUUUUAUAUGCGGUUUGAUUUUGGGCUCCCUAAUGAACGAAAUUGAGGACUUUCCAAUGGAAAGAAAGCUGGUGGGGACUUUCCAAUGGAAGAAGCUGGUGGUCUCACUAUCCAUAACAAGCACGAUCUUAUACUUAUUCCAAAAAAGCACAAGUGGGACUAAGAUUUUAUUAUUUUUUAUGUUUGUUUCCCUAUUUUAGCCUUUUUUUUUUCUCGUUGAUAUCAUGUGUUAUGCCUCAAUAAUAAAUAAAUAAAAUGGUGCAUCACCAUUAAAUUUCCUAUA